UCAAAUGUAGCAACCUUUCCAAGAUUUUGCAACACCUAUCUUUGUUUUUUCCUCCUCCGCCAUGCAACAAUCCCUCCGCCUCUCCUCCUCCGCCGUUCCGCCUCCGGAGACGGCUACUUCGAAACCGGAAAUCUUCUGUCGUAUCCAACUAAACCCUAAAACCAUACAUGCAAAACCUCCAUCACCACCCACAUGCAAGAUUGUCAUCAACCCUUUCAAAACAAUAACCAUCCCCAAAACCCCACCGCCGGCGACUCCUCCGCCGCCCUCUCCGCCGUCCGUACGGCCCAUGCAACCGGAAUUAUGGAAGUACCCUUCUCGGUUAAACCCUCUCCAGAAACUUGCGGCUUCGGCGCUCGACAAGAUCGAGGCCUCACUUGUUGUACCCAUGGAGCAGAACCACCCUUUGCCUAAACCGACCGACCCCACGGUUCAGCUGUCGGGUAACUUCGCUCCGGUUAAGGAGUGUCCGGUUCAGACCGGUUUGGAAGUCGUGGGUGAGAUUCCUUCUUGCCUACGCGGAGUCUACCUCCGUAACGGCGCUAACCCCAUGUUCAAGCCGUUAGCCGGUCACCAUCUCUUCGACGGCGAUGGAAUGAUUCACGCCGUUAGUAUCGGUUCGGAAAACCGGGUGAGCUACAGCUGCCGGUACACGCGGACAAACCGGCUGGGUCAGGAAGCAGAAUUGGGCAGAUCGGUUUUCCCUAAACCGAUAGGCGAGCUACACGGCCAUUCGGGCUUGGCUCGGCUCGCUCUGUUCAUGGCCAGAGCCGAGAUCGGCCUCGUGGACGCGACACGUGGCAUGGGCGUAGCCAACGCAGGAGUCGUCUGCUUCAACGGUAGAGUCUUAGCCAUGUCGGAAGACGAUCUCCCCUACCACGUGAAGAUCAACGGUCAGGGAGAUCUCGAGACUGUUGGACGGUUCAGAUUCGAUGAUCAGAUCAAUUGUCCCGUGAUAGCACACCCAAAGGUGGACCCGACCACAGGGGAUCUCCACACGCUGAGCUACAACGUUGUGAAGAAACCUUACCUCAAGUACUUCAAAUUCGACAGGUGCGGGAAAAAGACACGUGACGUGGACAUCACUCUCCGACAACCCACGAUGAUCCACGAUUUCGCGAUCACCCAGAAUUUUGUCGUGAUCCCAGAUCAUCAACUCGUCUUCAAAUUGUCCGAGAUGAUCCGUGGAGGAUCUCCGGUUAUGUACGACCGAGAAAAAACCUCGAGAUUUGGUGUUUUGUCGAAGGAUGAUUUAACCGGGUCCGGUAUAGAAUGGAUCCCAGUGCCCGAUUGCUUCUGUUUCCAUCUCUGGAACGCGUGGGAAGAGAUUGCCGGAGAUGGGGAAGACCCGGUUAUCGUCGCGAUCGGUUCGUGCAUGAACCCACCGGACUCGGUUUUCAACGAACCGGACGACCCGACUCGUAUCGAACUAUCCGAGAUCCGGUUAAAUCUCCGUACCAAGGAAUCGACCCGGCGAGUCAUCGUACCGGGGAUGAAUCUGGAGGCCGGUCAGAUAAACCGGGAUUUACUGGGCCGGAAGACUCGGUUCGUUUACUUGGCAAUAGCCGACCCAUGGCCCAAAUGCAGCGGUAUCGCUAAAGUUGAUCUCGAAAACGGCGCCGUUUCGGAGUUCAGGUACGGGACGCAGCGUUUCGGCGGAGAGCCGUUCUUCGUUCCGGCGAAGAACGGCGACGAAGAAGGAGAAGAAGACGACGGAUUUCUGAUCGGGUUUGUGAGAGACGAAGAGAGAGAAGAGUCGGAGUUCGUAGUGGUUGACGCGGCGACGAUGGAGCAGGUCGCAGUGGUGCGGUUGCCGGAGAGGGUUCCGUACGGUUUCCACGGCACGUUCGUGAGCGAAGAAGAGAUGAAGGGGCAAGUCUGAGAAUUCGAUGCUUAUUUAGGGGUAUUUUAGUAAAUCAGGCUUUCCUCGACUGCAACCCCUCCCUUUUUGUGGAUAUUUUGUUUUUUUUUUGUGUGUAUUUCGGGAGGCGGUGUCUUAUCUUCAUUAAUUAUCUUUAGCAAUAGAUAUUAUAUAUAUAUAUAUAAUAUGCAAAUUAUGUUCUGUGUU